AACCUGUCUUGCGGCAACACUCGUUUCUUGUCGUAGAAAAUAUGUGUCGUCCGUCUGCAUAAACGCUACUGGGACACCAAUUGAAUUAUUAAUAAAUUCUUGCUAUAACCGUUUAAAUUACAACUUAGACCUAAUUGUAGUGCUAAAGUGAACAUCGUGAACCGAAAUAAAAGUAUAAAACAAUUUCAAAUAAGUAUAAACAAUUCUCUCCUAUCAGACACUUUCCCGUUAAGUCGAUCAAUAUUAUUUACGCCACGUUUUUCGGCGUUUUAUAUAUAUAAAUAUUGAUCAAGAAUGUUGUAGUGCGUUCUGAAUAUCUGUUAAUCAUAAGAAUAAAUCAUGUCGAGCAUGUCAGACAGGAAGGCUGAGCUUGAACGGAAAAAGGCCAAACUACAGGCUCUGAGGGAAGAAAAGGAUCGCCGCAGACGUGAGAAAGAACAAAAAGAUGCCGAGGAAGCCUUGGCGCGGGCGUCGACGGCCUCGAGCGCGGACUCCCGCCGCGACCUCGAUGAGAUGCUGUCGUCGCUGGGAGUGGCUCCGGUGAGGGACGUGCUGUCGUCCCUAUCCUCGCUGGCGUCCCUCACGCCGCCGCAGACCGCGUCCCCCGACGCCAGCCUGCCGCACGCCGAUCGAGCCUCACUACCCGCCAACACAGGUGGCAAGAAGCCGCCCCAGCUGCAGGUGGUGUCGGUGCAAUCCACCGACAUCCCGCCCAAAGAGAACGUGACGUACGCCAAGCAGACCCAGACCAACACCUCGUCGGUGACGGAGCUGCGAGACGGCUGCUCUUCCAAUGCAUCGCCGCUUGCAGGAUACAUGGAGGACUGGUGGCGGCCGCGGAAAGCGCACGCCACUGACUUCUACGACGAGUACAAUCUAAACCCGGGUUUAGAGUGGGAGGACGAGUUCACAGUGCUUACAUUCGACGGUGAUGGCGCGCGGCAAGGAGACGACGAGGACGCCUUCCACGGGAAGUUACCGCCGGGGAUCCUGCCGCACGGACUGCCCACCGUCAAGGAGGUGCAGCCGGCCGUCACCGCCGCGCCCGCCGAAAAGAAGGACGAAGAAAAGGAGAAGAAAGUUCGCGAGUUGAGCAACGACGAGAAGCAGACCAUCAUGUUGUCGGCGGAGUUCCAGAAGUUCAUAAGCAGAGCGGGGCGGGUCAUAGAACGAGCGCUGGCCGAGGAGGUCGACAUCUACACGGACUACACCGGCGGCGGCGACGGAGAGAACGCGCAAGACGACAAGUCGGACGCGCGCUUGUCGCUGGUGCGCACGUUCCAGGACGAGCGCUGGUCCCGCGGGCGCUGCGUCACGUGCCUGGACUGGUCGACGGCGCACCCCGAGCUCAUGCUGGCGUCCUAUCACAACAGCGACGACGCGCCGCACGACCCCGACGGCGUGUGCCUCGUGUGGAACACCAAGUUCAAGAAGACCACGCCGGAGGACAUCUUCCACUGCCAGUCGCCCGUCAUGAGCGCCACCUUCGCCAGGUUCCACCCUAACCUGAUCCUGGGCGGCACGUACUCGGGCCAGAUCGUGUUGUGGGACAACAGAGUACAGAAACGAACGCCCGUGCAGAGGACGCCGCUCUCGUCACAAGCGCAUACUCACCCCGUGUACUGCCUGUCCGUGGUGGGCAGUCAGAACGCGCACAACCUGAUCUCGGUGUCGACGGACGGGCGCAUGUGCUCGUGGUCGCUGGACAUGCUGUCGCAGCCGCAGGAGACCAUCGAGCUGCAGCACCGCCAGGGCAAGGCCGUGGCUGUCACUGCCAUGGCCUUCCCACAUGGGGACGUCAACAACUUCGUGCUCGGCAGCGAGGACGGGAAUAUUUACACCGGUUGCCGUCACGGUCAGCGAGCGGGCGUGUCGGACAGCGUGGAAGGUCACGCGGGUCCUGUGACGUCGGUGUCGUGUCACGCCGCCCCCGCCGCCCUCGACCUGUCGCACCUGUACCUCUCCGCCUCUGUGGACUGGAGCGUCAAGCUGUGGAGUCUGAAGGAGAACAAGGCGUUGUACUCGUUCGAGGACAGCGGCGACUACGUGUCGGACGUGCGCUGGUCCCCGGCUCACCCCGCGCUGUUCGCUGCCGUGGACGCGGGCGGCCGCCUCGACCUCUGGAACCUCAACAGGGACACCGAGGUGCCGAUAGCGUCGGUGAUGUCGGAGGGCGGCGUGGCCUUCAACCGCGUGUCGUGGAGUCCGAGCGGCGCACACGUCACGGCCGGGGACGACGCGGGCAAGAUAUGGGUCUACGAGCUGGCCGAGAACGUAGCCCAGCCGCGGCAUGAUGAGUGGAGCAAGUUCGUGUACACGCUGCAAGAACUGAGGAACAACCAGGCGGACGAGGAAACGGAUCGCCUCAGCCUGGCCAGCGGACCACCGUCGCUCUCCAGCCUCACCUCGCUGGCCAGCAACCCGCUCAGAUAACUGCUGCAUUGGGACGUUCGCUGCGGGUGGAAGCUGUGAGGAGACAGCUUCCAUAACGGAACUGAUAGAUGUUGUGUUAUAAAGUGAUUUGAUAAAGAUGUAAUCUGAAGUCUGAUGAGAAAGAUGAGGAAUGUAAUGCUGAGUCAAGUUUGCCCGCUGUGAAUCGAAUUAACAUAAACCGUAUAAGGUCGGCAGAUUAUCCAUACAAAUUAUUCAGUACAGCGUGUUAUAAUAUUGCUGUUUCCUAUCCAAGUAGAUGUAGAUAAAUGUUAUUCAGCAACAUAUUUACGGCACAAAAACUUCAUUUUCACUUCUUAAUAUUGUACUAACUCAAAGCAGCUUAUCGUAAGUAAAAUUAUACUGUAGGCGACCAGAUGUAACUAUUCUUACUGUUUAUUAUAUACUAAGUAACUUAGUGUUAUAGAUGUUAUAUUUAUUUAUAAAAAUGUUAUGCUGGCACUUAGUCUGCAUGGUAACACUCGAUAAUAAAUCUACUGCUUACUAAA